AUGGUGUUAACUGGCCAUUUCAUUGAUGCUGACUGGGUUUUGCAAAAACGCAUUCUUAGUUUUGUUCAUGUUCCUCCUCCUCGACGUGGUGUUGAUAUUGCUGAUGCUAUCUUCAAAUGUCUUAAAGAUUGGGGUAUUAAAAAUAAAAUAUUUAGCGUGUCAGUGGAUAAUGCACAUUACAACAAUAGAUGUUUGAAAGAGUUAAAAGUUCUGAUUUUAAGGCACCAGAAAUUAGUGUUAGAUGGAAAGUUAUUUCAUGUGCGUUGUUGUGCGCAUAUACUAAAUUUGCUUGUUCAAGAUGGUAUUGGGAAAAUAGCAAAAAUAGUUGAAAACGUGCGUGAAAGAGUGAAGUUCAUCAAUCAGUCUGAAGCAAGGUUGCAAACAUUCUCACAAAUAGUUCAACAACUAAAGCUUGAUGGUAAAAAAUUAAUUCUUGAUUGCCCUACUCGUUGGAACUCCACCUAUCAAAUGUUGUCAGUUGCAAUGCAGUUCAAAGAAGUCUUCCCUCGUUUUCAAGAUCGAGAACCAAGCUAUACAACUCUUCCAGAUGAUGAUGAUUGGGAAAAGGUUGAAAAAGUUUCCAAGUUGCUAGAGGUAUUUAAUGUUGUUACAAAUAUUAUUUCAGGUAGUGAAUAUCCAACUGCUAACGUAUAUCUUGCUGAGGUAUUUCGAAUCAAACUAGUUUUAGAUCAAGCUAUCCAAGAUGAAUAUGAUUUUAUGAAAGAAAUGGCAAAAGCGAUGAAGGGAAAAUUUGACAAAUAUUGGAGCCAAUGUAAUCUUGUUAUGUCGCUUGCUUCUGUUUUGGACCCUGGGAUCAAAAUGAUGGGUGUUAACAUGUGUUUUCCCUUAAUUUAUCCGGAAGUUGAAGCUAGAAAAAAUAUAGAAAAUGUGCGUAUCGCGCUUGAUGAUAUGUACAAAGAGUAUGCUGAUAUACUUAGUGAGCAUAGUGAAGAAGGAUCUAGUAGAAGUGGUGUUGAUCAAAAUGGGCUUAUUUUGGAGUCACAAAAAUCCUCAGGGUGGUCAUUGUUAAUGAAUUAUGUCGAAGAACAACAAGCAAUUCCUGUUGUAAAAUCUGAAAUUGAAGAGUAUUUGAAUGAGCCAACUUACAAACCUAAAGAUAACGGCUGUGAUACGGUGAACUGA